AUGGACCAAUACCCCCCCGGCCUCCUCCUCGAAGCCGAAUCCUUCACCAACCUGGGCGGCUGGACCCUCGACUCCCAAUUCCAACUCACCAUGGGCUCGCCCUACCUCCUCGCGCACGGCAACGGCACCCCCGUCGCAGACGCAUCCACCGCAAUCCCCAUCCCCGAAGCCGGCGACUACAAAAUCUACGUCCGCGCCAAAGAUUGGGUCCCCGGCCAUGCCCCGGGGAGGUUUCAGGUUCUGGUGGAUGGGAGGGGUUUGGAGAGGGUGUUUGGCGCGGAUGGGAGGGAUUGGAGUUGGGAGUUUGGCGGGAUGGUAAGGUUGGGGAGGGGGGAGGUGGAGGUUGUGGGAGAUGGGACGCCGCCGGAGGGGGUUGAUGGGGAGGCGAUGGCUUGGAGGAGGUGGUUGCGUGGGCUGCCUGCUGAGCCUGUGGAUGGAGGGGCGUUUGAUGUGGUUGUUGUUGGUGGAGGGUUUGUGGGAUCUGCGGCUGCUUUGACAGCGGCUCGGUUGGGGACUCGAGUCGCGCUUGUGCAGGAUCGGCCUGUGUUGGGAGGUAAUGCUAGUGUGGAGAUCGGUCUGUCUCCUAGGGGUGAGCAGGGUGGUCUGGUUAAGGAGCUUGUCCAGCGACAUGAGGAUGGUGAUCUGGUCGCUUUGCGGUUGCUCGCGGCGGAGAAGACGGCGACAGUGUUUCUCCACCAUACGGUGUACAACGCUACGACCAGCGGUUCAAAGAUUGUGUCUGUUGAUGCACGAGAGGCUCGUACAGGACGCGAGAUACGUCUUUCAGCUUCGACGUUCAUCGAUUGUUCCGGGAAGGCGAUUUUUGGGGACUUUGCCGGCGCAGAAACGCUCUUCGGUCGGGAACCUCGCUCAGAGUAUGGCGAAAGUCUCGCCCCGGUUCAGGCCGACAAGAUGCAUCACGGCAACACAGUCUUCUUUCGAACCGGCGAAGCCGAUCAUCCUGUACCAUUUCCGCCUGUUCCCUGGGCGACAGAGGUCGCUCUCGACUAUGCGGACCUCGGAGGACAAUUGAUCACUCCAGGCUUCGAAAACGGUCCAGGGCCUAAGGUCAUUCCCGCUGAUUGGAAGCCUGAUCCCACCGUCUACCGUCGCAUGUACAGACCACAUACGCACUACUGGGAGUACGGCCAAUGGCUCGAUCCCUACACUCAAGCAGAGCACAUCCGCGACCACCUACUCCGCGCCAUCUACGGCACUUUCUCCAACGUCAAGACCCUCGAGCCUGAGAAAUGGGCGAAUCUCCAAUUCGAACAUGUCGCCUUCGUACCUGGACAAGGGGAGUUUCGUCGGUAUAAAGGACCUCACAUCUUGACGGAAGUCGAGAUUCGAUCUCAUCGUACAUUUGAAGAUAGUGUCGUGCAGAAUGGCUCAGCGUUUUGCUUGCAUUAUCCUGGCCAUAAGAAGUACGACUUUCGGCUGAACCAUUGGGUUUGGGAUGAGCGGGAUGGGAAGCCUUUUGACGUUCCCUUUCGGUCUUUGUACUCUUCGAAUGUUGAGAAUCUGAUGAUGGCGGGGAAGCAUAUCAGUGUUUCUCAUAUUGUUGGAUCUUGCACCAAGUUCAUGGGUAAUGGAGCGCAGCAUGCAAUCGCAACAGGUGUGGCAGCGCAUCUUUGCACGAAGCACAAGACGACACCGGCGGGCAUCUACGAGCGUCAUUUGACGGAGCUGCAGAGUAAGGUGGCGGAGGUUGCUUCGCCCAGUGGCCAGCGGAGUCAUCUGUAA